AUGGAACUUACGGAGGUGGUUUUGCUCGAUCGUCCUAAUUUUCUAGAGGAGAUUGAAUCUGAAGAAUUCGGAGAUUUUUGCCGGAAUUUGAUAAACAUGAAUGAGAUUAUUCAGGCCCCGCGCAGAUGGUUCAAUUCUGUCAGUGACAUGUUUUCAAGGCUACUUGAUGAGGGAGAUAAUUCAUCUGCUACUGCUUCUGACGGAAGUGCAGACCAAGUUGUUGACGGGCGAAAUGAUGAAGAAUCUGUCGCUGCUAUCUGUAAUAAGCCUGAAGACGAACCUGCCGAAGUUAUUCUCGAUAAAACUUCAUCCGGUAGUGUCGAAGCCGACGAUAACACGAGCGCAUGCGAUGACGAAGGAAAGGAAUUAUGUCCACUCAACAAUCCAGACAAUGAAUUCAUUUUGUCUGCUGACGCCGAAGAAAACGAAGAGAGUACUGACACAAACUCGUCACACUGCUCGUCGCCAAAGAAAACUGAUGAAACCUGCGCAUCUCAGGAGUCGGCAUCUGUUCAAGUGUGCAGUAGUAAUGAAGGUGAUGAGCCAGCCGAAGUCGACAAUUUAGAGCCUUAUGUGCAGCCACAGAAAGACGGCGAUGUCCUUUCGUCAGAAGAUGCAAGCUUGAUAGAAGACUAUGCGUCACCGAAUAAAAUUGAUGCUGCUCCGGAGAAAAUCAGCAUGUUAAAUAGUGCUGAUGUUGCCGAUUUGGAAAACGAAGUCGAGCACGAAUUCGAGGAUGUUGAUCUGCAGGAUACUGACGAUGAAGAUUAUGAUCACACUCUAGAGAAUAUCGACAUUUCAAAUAGUGCUGAUGCUGCUUAUUUGGAAAACAAAGUCGAGCACAAAUUCGAGGAUGUUGAUCUGCAGAAUAUUGAUGAUGAAAUUUAUGAUCACACUCUGGUGUCAUACAGUGAACACAAGCAUAAGCCAUACAAGUUAAAAUUUGGGGCAUCCUUGAUCUCGAAACUGCGAUGGCUGAAGGCCAAGAAGCAUGCUGAUAAUAAUGUGCAAUAUGACACAGACAUGGAAACACACGGCACACAUGGAUUCGCCCGAUCUACGCCUUUAAAUAUGAAACUUCUUGAUGAUUCCUUGGACUCAGAAUGGGAGCUCUUGUAAAUUUCUGAGUGAGUUUUGCAUGUUCAUAGUCUUAGUUCUUGAUUAGCUUCAUAGGAGAGAUUAGGGUGCUGUUCAAACUUAACCACGCAGCCCGAUUAGUUCGAUAA